AUGACUGAUGAAGGUGUAGAACGUUUUGAAAUUGAACGUAUUGUUGAGAAACGAUAUAGAAAUGAUCGCCUAGAAUAUCUUAUUAAAUGGCGUGGUUAUCCAGAUAGUCAAAAUACAUGGGAACCUUCCAAUAAUAUUGAAGGUGAACAAGAAACUGAAUUACUUGCAGAAUAUGAAGCACAUAAUAAACAAAAACUACUUAAUUCUGGUUCUCGAUCAACGCUUAAUAACUUAUCACCUAAUAAACGUCGAAAUGACGAAUUAAUAAAUAGUGGAAUGAAAAAACGACCAGGCUUUCAAUCAUCGAACGUACCAAGUGGUUUUGAUCGAGGAUUUGAAGCCGAAAAAGUUUUAGGUGCAACAGAUUCAGCUGGUGAACUUAUGUUAUUAGUAAAAUGGCGUCAUUCAGAUGAAGCUGAUCUUGUUCCAGCACGAAUUGUUAAUAUGAGAUGUCCUGGACUUGUUAUUGAAUUUUAUGAACAACAUUCUUUUUGGAUUCGAUUACCAAAAAUAAAUCAAAAUGAUACAUCAACAACACGAUAA